CCUUUCCCCAGUGCCGUCUUCUAUUUGGUCAUCAUCUUGUUUGUCUUUUUCCUCUUCUUCACUUUUGGCUUCCUCUUCUUCCGCUUCCACGUCCUCCUUCUCUGCUCGUCCGUCGUGCGUCCAGGUUUGUGCCAGAGCAACACCAACCGACAGACUGAAUCGCAGGCCUCUCCUCGCGUCCCAGCCAAACGGGCCUACCGUUUUGUCGCAUCCUCCAAACGUGCCCUCCCCCCCCUCCUGUCUCACCUGCAAAUCCGGUGGCUAAACAAUGCCUUUGCAGGAAAACACCAUCUGCCACAGAGUCCUGCGCCCCGUUCGCCAUGGCUACUGGCCAGCACUAAGCUCAUGCCCGAACGACUGCUGUUUGUGGGCCGUCCUCCACCCCCUCCUUCUCCCCAAUCGCCUUGUCGGCCGGACUCGAAGCCAGUUGGCAGCAAUUGGUCGAGCUUCGAGAACCGGCCAGAUUUGGUGUGUCCAGGCCGUGCCGGCCAAUCCGUCUUCUCGCCCCGACACGUGUACAUUGCACCGCAUUCAUCCACAAACCGACACACACAUACACGCAUGCAUGGCGGCAUGUGGGCCAGUUGCAGUCUGGCAGACGUCAAGCUCAGACCUCGCGUGGUCGACAAGUUGUAUUUCCCUUUCGACGCCGAAAUUCGCCCACGACAACCGUAG